AAAGACCAAAAUGGUGGUGAAGGUGUACGGAACCGCCUAUGCUUCUCCGAAGCGAGUUCUAGCUUGCCUUAUUGAGAAGGGCAUCGAAUUUGAGGCUGUUCCUGUCGAUCUCAUCAAAGGAGACCAUCGAACCCCUGAAUAUCUCAAAUUACAGCCUUUCGGAGCAGUUCCUGUAAUUCAAGAUGGAGAUUACACUUUAUACGAAUCGCGAGCCAUCAUAAGGUAUUAUGCUGAGAAGUAUAGAUCACAUGGCACUGAUUUGCUUGGAAAUAGCAUUGAAGAGAGAGGCUUAGUGGAGCAAUGGCUAGAAGUGGAAGCCCAAAAUUUCCACCCUCAUAUUUACAACUUGAGCCUUCAAAUCCUAUUUGCCCCAGCUUUGGGGUUUCCUCCUGAUGAGAAGCUGAUCAAAGAGAGUGAAGAAAAGCUGGGAAAGGUUUUGGAUGUGUAUGAGGAGAGGCUCUCAAGGAGCAAGUAUUUGGCUGGAGAUUUUUUCAGCUUAGCUGACCUUAGCCACUUGCCAUUUACACAGUACUUGGUGGGUCCAAUGAAUAAGGAGCAUAUGAUUAGGAGCAGAAAGCAUGUUAGUGCUUGGUGGGAUGAGAUUAGCAACAGGCCAUCUUGGAAGAAGGUCCUCCAACUUUAAGACUCUGGAUUUCCUGCAUCAAUGUUGAUAAAAUCCUUCGUAUGUUUGUCUUGUGUUUUGUGAUUGAGGGGGUUUGUGUUCUUGCUCUGUGCAAUUGCCUCAAUUGUGUUUCUUUUGUUAUGGUAUUAUGUAUGGCAUGUUGAAGCAUGUUUGGAUUGAAGGAAAAUAACUAUGAAGGGAAAAGUAUAAAGGAAAUGGAUUUAUUUUCUAUUAUUUUAUGUUUAGUAAAGGGAAAAUUAUAACUAUAAUAAUUUCUCUUUUUUCUCGUUA